AUCCCCUUUCCCAGCGCAGUGCGUCUUGAGCAACAGACGCCCACCUGACGCGCCUGGACUCAUAUCUGUUGCCACCCCUACCUGCGUUCAAGGAUUAAAUAAGAAGGGGAGGUUCAGAUGUUUUGCCAAAGAUUCUGCUUUGAAUUCCUUUGCUUUUCCUCCGUUGUACAUGCAAUUGGCCUGUUGAACCAUGAACCUGUAUUGCUGCAUCCAGUGAUCAAACAUAUACCGACCAUACUGUUUUUCCUACACUAGUUGAUGCCAUCAUGGCUAUCAAAUUCGAGUAUGGAAUGAAGAAAAACUGGAUGGGUGAUCCAUGUUCUCCAACCAAAUAUGCUUGGGACAGCGUGAAAUGCAACAAUACAAGUGAUAACAGUACGAGAGAUCUCUCCAACAGCUACUUGAAUGGUGUAAUAUCCAAGGAUUUUAUAUUGCUCACUGCACUCGAGAAUUUGUGCUACCUCACUGGAAGGAUUACCAAGAGCAGCGAUGUGUACAGCUUCGGAGUUGUUCUGCUUGAGGUAGCCAUGGGCGAGACUCCACUACUUCCAGGCCAUGGCCACAUCGUUCAGCGUGUUAAACAGAAGACUGCCACCGGUGACAUCAGCUCGGUUGCCGAUGUGCGGCUUCGAGGUGCCUACGACAACAGCUCCAUGUGGAAGGUGGUUGACACUGCUAUGAUGUGCACGGUGGAUUCUGCUGCUGAAAGGCCAACGAUGGCCUCUGUCGUGGUACAGCUGAAGGAAAGCCUGGCGUUGGAUGAAACUCGCGAGAAGGACAGUAGCCUUAGGGCAAGCCGAGGGAGUGAUAUAGCAGCUAUGGUGUCCACAUUUGGUUCAUUGGCAAGAUGAAGCUGUAUGUGUGUACCUGGAUUUGGUCAUCGAUGAUGGGUCUCAUCUACAAGUCUGCAAUGGGCCUUUUCAUGAACUGCUUAUCAUGUGAAGGCACACUAGUGUAUGGCUGUGCAUUGUUUUGAAUCUACAAUUGCUUUUCUUCUGAUCAGUUAUUGUCGUGAAGAUUAGACUUCAUCUGUUGACUUCGCUUAGUGUUGUUAUGCUGUACACUACCCGAGUUUCUGCAGUACUAUUUGUUACGGUUUAGGCGACACCAAACUCCAAGUUCCCUCACUUGGCAACAAGGCUUGCCACAAACUUGGGAUUCCGGAAUCCAGGUGAAGCCGCUUCGUGACUUUGGCUCAUAGCUGCAUUUUUAAUUUGAAAGUUCCAUCAAUUUUUCCA